AAAAAAAAAAAAAUGUAUUCAAUGUCUAGAGAUUCCACUUUAGGGUUUUGAGAAGGGUUUUAGCUUCUUCUUCUUCACCGACCUGCAGAUUCUAAAUGACGAUGAGCUCCUCUUUUAUCUCAACAGAUCCAGGGCGUUUCUGAAAAAUCAUCGUCUGCAUCAUGAAACCCUUUACUGCAAGAACCAUUUUUAUCUUCUCUUCCCGCUCUUUCUCAAUCAACCCAUUUCCCAUAGCUGAAUCCAACCUCUAUGGUCGUCUCCAGCUCUCUCAUUUCUCUUCCUCUUCCUCAAAUUCCGUAGCUUUUCGACGGCACGAAGAAGAGAGCAGAAAUGUCAGGGUUUCAGUAUGGUGGGACUUCGAGAACUGCUCGCCUUCCGCCGGCGGGAACAUCUUCAAGAUCGCUCAAAACAUUACCUCCGCAGUUAGGGCCAGUGGAAUCAAAGGACCGAUUCAGAUUACCGCUUUUGGUGAUAUGAUGCAGCUAUCGAGGACUAACCAGGAAGCACUUUCCGCUACUGGAAUUAACCUCACCCACAUUCCUCACGGAGGAAAGAACAGUGCAGAUAGGUCUCUUCUUGUAGAUCUAAUGUAUUGGGUUUCUCAAAACCCUCCUCCAUCACAUCUGUUCUUAAUUUCCGGCGAUAGAGAUUUUGCCAACACUUUACAUAGGUUAAGAAUGAACAAUUACAAUAUCCUCUUAGCUAGCCCAGAAAAUUCUCCUGGUGUUCUUUGUAGUGCAGCAAGUAUUAUGUGGAAUUGGAAUUCCAUUGUUAAAGGUGAUAAUCUUACUGGAAAAUACUUCAAUCAACCCCCAGAUGGUCCAUAUGGUUCUUGGUAUGGAUAUUAUAAGUUCCCUCUUGAAGAUCCAUUUGCAGUUAAUCAACAAUCAUCUUCACCUUCACCUUCACCUUCCACACAAUCAGAAGAAUCGUCAGAUUCUUGUCAAGAGCAGAAGCUCCGUCCAGUACCGAAAGCUGUUGCAAAGCAGGUUCGUCGGAUAUUACGUGGCUAUCCGAAGGGAAUACCCAUUACUGACCUUCGGGCAGAAUUGAGUAAAUCCGAGGUUCCCUUAGACAAGGACUUGUAUGGUUAUAAGAAGUUUUCUAGGUUUCUUUUGUCAUUGCCACACAUAAAGCUUUCUGGUAGUGAUGGCUGUUUUUAUGUGCAUAUUCCUCAAAAGGUUUGUGAACCUGCUGAAGGGCCUUCGUUGAGUAACUCCGAUGAUUUAAAUCUUUCUGUAUCCAAAGGGGAUGAUAAAGAUAACAAAUUGUCUAUUUCUCCGAAUGUUCCAACGAAUGAAAAAAAAUUGCAGAUAGAACAAAAAGAGGUUGAACCGACUAAAGAAGAAGGUGAUAAUAAAUUAGAUAUGAAAGUGGAAAGCAAUUGUCAGUCUGAACUGCAGGUUGUAAAGAAGUUAGGCAAUAGUCUUGAAGGAAAUAGUGCGAAUUCAACUGCCGAGGAGACGAAUGUUAGAUCAGUGAAUCAGGAUAUUGCUGCUCGGCUAGUCCCUGCUUCAUCUUCUUUGUCCGACAAUGGAGAAGCUAAGGAUGAGAAGGUUUCUGAGCCCGGUUUCUUCAAGAAGUUCACAGACUGGUUUAUGUUUUGGAGAACUGACUCUAGCACUGAUAUACUGAAUGAAGAUUCUUGCAAGACUCCAAAGAAGGCUUCUGUUGAUGAUGAUCAAGUGAAAAGCAAAACAUUCUCCAAUGAUACUUUCUGGACUGAAAUGGAAAGAUUUCUGGAUACAUCUCAUGGCUCAGACAUUGUUUUACUUUCAAAGAGCAGGGAAGAAUUUGCAGAAAACCUUAAGAAAGAAGGCCCAUCAAUUCUUAACUCUUUGUCUACAAGUGAUCUUCUUCAUCUAUUGCACCUGAUAAUAACAGAAAAGAAAUGGGUCCAAGAGUGCAUUUCUCAACCGUAUCCUUUCAAGCUCGUUAAACCCAUCAAGACUCCUUCUCAAAACACUUCUAGUUCAAACGGGCUGAGUUUGAUGUUCAUGAGCCCACCGAAGGAAUCAGAGUCAGACAAUCCAAAGCCCUUGGAAAAAUCCAGAAACGAUGUGUUAGCAGAUUGUCAGAAGCUCGCGGAUGAGAUCGUGAAUGGAUACCCAGAUGGAUUCCAAAUGGGCUCAUUCCGGAAAUUCUUUAUUCAUCGAUUUGGAUAUCCACUGGAUUUUCAAAAACUCGGUUAUCAGAAUCUGGUGACAUUGCUUCAGAUAAUGCCUGGAAUAAAAGUCGAAUCCAAUGUUAUUUAUCCUUUAAAUAAAAGAAAUACAAACGGUAAAUUAUCAGAUUCAUUAAGGAAGGAUGGUAAUGAUAUUGAUUCACAAUGGGAGGAGCUCGGUCCUGUAGCCGCCAAAGACAGUCAGACAACUGACGAUUACGACAGCUUGGCAGUAGAAGAACUUAUUUCGGAUGAUUCCGAGGAAGAAACAACAUCUUCAUCUUUAGUGGAAUCGUCGGAGAAGUCAGGUAAUAGUCUAAAUAAGGAAGAUAGCUCGCUGAUAAAAAUACUCGAUUCUUGGUAUUCUAAGAAUGGUGACGACGGAAAGGGUGGUGGAGCUGAAAGCCUUGGAAAUGUUGAUGGUAGUACGAAAGAUUCGCCAGCCCUCACAUUUUUGGGAGGAAAUAGUAGUGGAAGGAAGCAAAGGCUGACGAAGACUUACUCUUUUGUUUCGGAGAAGGAAGAAUCUGGUAGUAGGGAUAAGCUUAUUGAUGGGAUAUUGGGAAGCUUGAAGAAAUCAGGUGAAUCUAGAAUCCAUAGCUGAUAGUUUUGAUGAACUCCCUUUUUUCGAGUUUAGGGUUUUGGAAACGCGAUGAUGCCACCCACUUAAAUAAAUGUAUUUUCAAUGAGAAUCGGAUUUGAGAUCAUUUCAGGUAUUACUUGAGCAUCUACA